AUGCGUUUUCUAUGUGUUGCCCUCAUGGGCCUCGCCUCUAUCUCCGUCACCACUGCCAGCGACUUUCAAAGCUGGGAUGACAUUGUCGGGGACGCCCCUCAAUGCAUAAAAAGCUGCCUCGACGACUUUUACAGCAACGCCGGCCUCAAGGACGAGUGUGGAAGCAGUGAUGACGCUUCGAUGAAUUGUCUCUGUAACGCAUCAUCUUUCACCGCGGCCCAGUCUUCAGCAAAUGACUUGAGCACCUGUAUCCAGAAGGGAUGUGACUCUGGUGACCUGAGCGAGCUUUCCUCCAGCCUUUCAGACUUUCAAGAUCGAUUUAUGGAUGCUGCUGAACAGUGCCAAAGCGGCGACUAUGAUAAAAAUGCUGCCAGCACUUUGGUUCCUGGACUCAACGCUCUCCUUGCCUCCGGAGCUGUGCUGCUCAUUGGUGCCGCUCUAUGA